UGGAGCGUGGCGGGGAGAAGGAGAGAGAGGUCCUAGCGAUUAUCAGCCCCUUGUUGCCAACACUUUCAGAUUCGUUCAACUUUCGUGCCAACUUGACAACGUCAACUAGCCCAAUGGUCAGUACAACAAGCAAGCUGACAAGUCGAUCCAUCUCCUUCACAUCCCCCGUCUCUUCCAUCGUUCGACUGCUCGAUGUUGAUGCCAUUGUUGGACGACUUGACUCAAGAGAUCCCGAGGAGCUUUUCGUGAAACAGGACCGGAUCGGUGAGUGUGGCGGCUCUCUGCUUCCAAGACCCAGCCCGUCUGCCUUAUUCUUUCUUUAUGACUUCAUUUUCAAGCCGGAUCUCAAGGCAAUCAUGAGAGAUAACGCGUUGGACAAACGGACACAAAAGACGGUCGCGAUCAAGAUUAUCGAUUUGGAGAGUGCAGAAGAUGAGAUUGAAGAUAUUCAACAAGAAAUUCAAAUUCUGUCACAGCUUGAUUCCUCUCAUGUCACGAACGUCCUAUCAGAUAUUGUUCCGGAGAUGAAACCAGGUGUCUUCCGUGAAGAAUACAUUGCUAUCAUUGUGCGAGAGUUGUUACGUGGCCUAGAAUACCUACACUCGGAAGGGAAGCUGCACCGUGAUAUUAAAGCGGCCAAUAUUCUUCUGAGUGCCAAUGGGGACGUCAAAUUGGCCGACUUUGGUGUAUCAGGCCAGCUCAGUGGUACCCUAUCGGCCAAGAAGAAUACAUUUGUUGGAACACCGUAUUGGAUGAGCCCAGAAGUCAUCAAACAAUCCGGAUAUGAUCAAAAGGCCGAUAUCUGGAGUUUGGGCAUUACGGCCAUCGAGCUCGCCAAGGGUGAACCGCCAUACGCCGAACUCCACCCAAUGAAAGUCCUCUUUUUGAUCCCGAAGAACCCGCCGCCGGUGCUGGACGGACCAUUCUCCAAGAACUUCAAGGAUUUUGUAGCUACGUGCCUACAACGUGAUCCUCGUGAUCGUCCAACAGCAAAGGAGCUUCUCAAACACAAGUUUGUCAAAAUGGCAAAGAAAGCAACGUACCUCACCGAGCUCAUAGAGCGACACGAAAGGUGGAAAGCAGAAACGGGUGGAAAGCGGGACGAUCGCGAUGAUGAUAGGAGGCGAAAGCACGAGGAAGACUUUGAUGAAUCGACAGACGACUGGGACUUUGGCACAGUCCGACACGUUGGUGAUUCAGGCACUAUUGGUAGAGCAGUACCAGAGCCCAUCUUAGAAGACGAUAGAUAUACUCCACCUCUAUCAUCACAGGAACGUAAUCCUUCUUCUAGCUCAGCAGGAAGCUCGACUUUAUACGCACAUAAUGCGAAUGGUCAUUCCUCGUCGACGACUGUAGUUGAGGUGAAAGAAUAUCUCCCUCCGCCACCUCAAAAGGUGCAGAAUCACCAUCCAGUCGCAUCGCCUAGUAAUGUAAAUAAGGCGCUGCCUACACCUGCCCGUGUCAAUGGCAAAGUUACCAGUCAAUUUGAAGAGGAUAGUGACGGUACAGUUGGAAGGACGCAUGACAGGGACAGAGAAUACCAUUCCAGAGAUGCCUCGUAUGGGUCAACUGACUCUGAAGAGCUCAGAAUGGAGUUUGAAAGGACCCAGUUAGGCUCCCCGGUACCGCCUACUAUGUUGGAUUCAGUCGUUGUGCCUGCCAUUGCAUCGCUGUUCCCUCGGGUAGCGACCGCGGAAGCGCGACUGGCUCUUACGACACUCCAGAGGGCCUUCAUCGAAGCGGAAAAGAUCAUUCCUGGCGUAACAGACGAGAUUGUGAACGAGAUUGUUGACUCGGUCGAGCAUGACCCUAUUUCGUUUGGUUCGGCAAUCACCCCGUACAGUCUGUGCUGGCAAAUCGCCUAUCCACCCUACUUAUUGUGGCAAGGGCACCCCUUUCCUGUUCGGUCACUCCUCCCCGUUUUCAGUCGUCUUACCUCAUCAGCUAUCAAGAUGGCUGUUACAACCUCGGAACUGUCGUCGAACUGUCCAUCUUGCUCGAUGUCUCGUUACAUAAGACAUCUUAGCCGCAAAAACACAUGUGAGACUGCAAAUCUCUUGUUUACGGACGAAGUGCUAUGGGAAGUUGCCUGGGGUGUAGUCUGUGGCAUUCCGUGUUUCCCCGCAACGCUAACUUUGGCCAAGCAGAGCGGCAUUGCGCCACUCAGAACUCGUUUGAGCAUAAGCGAGAGGGCUUACAAUCACCCAGAACACCCGGUAUUCGACUUGAAUACAGUCCCGGGUCAUUUACAGCGUGGUCAGCAAGAUGCGCAUUCACUGCUGAGAUUCAGCGAAGUUUUCUCUUUUGGAGCGCAGGUCUUCUCUUGCGUGAAAAUUUGUCCAUCUAUGCCCCAUCUAUGGACGCCGCCAGCCCCGCUGUGGGCUAACGCCUCCUUAUUGGCGUUGCUCGCGUUCACUCCUUUACUAUCCACAACCGUUCAAGCUGCACCUUUAUCCUCCGCCAAUGUCACCAAGCGCGCUCCGACCUGGCCUUUCCCGUAUGGAUCGACCAAGGUCCGGGGUGUGAAUUUGGGUGGUUGGCUCGUCUUGGAGCCUUGGAUCACCCCCUCAUUAUUUGACGCUACCGGUGAUAGCAGGAUCAUCGACGAAUAUACAUUCGGACAGUACCAAGAUUAUAACAAGGCACACACCGCCCUAGUCAACCAUUGGAACACUUGGAUUACCUAUAACGACUUUGUACAAAUCAAGAACGCGGGAUUGAACCAUAUCCGUCUCCCUAUUGGAUACUGGGCAUGGGACGUCACGGGUGGAGAACCAUACCAUCAAGGGCAACUUUCCUAUCUUACGAGGUGA